AUGGCCAACGCCGCUCGAUUGGCACGCGAUACCCUCGCCGACCUGACCCUGGACUCGAGGGACCCUGACGCAGCGAAGGCACAGGUGCUUACACUCCACAGCUCUGCUCGAGCUUCGUGGCGACAGGACCGCGCCCUCGCCAACCACCUUCGCGAUGCCACCGAGCUUGGCCGCAAGGCCUUCACCGCUCACCCGGCCGCCGAUAAGGUCGCUCUCGCCGAUGUCGGGGCCUUUGCGACGCUGGCCUGCGCCAAGGAUGCCGCUUCGUGCGCGGCGCGCCUGCAGUUCGCUGCCGGGAUGGCGCGGCGGGAAUGUGCUCGUCAUCGUGCCGAGAACGGUGGCACGUGGCAGAAGCGGGCUAUUGCUCCUACCUUCGCGGCGAGUUGUGGAAACCUGCCCACGGGGAUCCUGCUGACGAGCGCCGUUCGCUUGAUCACUGUGAAGGACCCUGCUGGGAUGCACACGGGGAUCCAGGCGCAUUGUCAGCCCACCCUGGAGCAUUGGGAGGCCAACUUCGCCGCUGUGGGCUCACAUCUGGACGCCGUGUUUCCGACAGUUCCCAUGGGCUUCAAGUGGGCCAUGCUGGUCGCGCUCUCGAAGGGGGGUAACCCGCCUGGUCAGGAUGAGUGUUUGCGUGCGCCGAAGAACCUCCGCAUGCUCAGCCUCAAGACUGGCGACGCGAAGUUCCUGGCUAGCCGCCAGAUCAUCAGUAAUAUCUGGGAGCUGGAUGCCAGCUCGAAGCGCCUGAGCAUGAGCGCCACGGCCGAGACGGACAUGUACGCGCUGAUCUUCAUGCACAUCGCGGCGGCGUUUCCGAGCGUGUUUCGGCAGUGGCUGCGCUCGGUGCCGAUUCGUGCUGGGGUCUGCCGCGGCAUGCUCAACAUCGCCGACUCGCUCUACCACUUCCCCCCGCUAUCCUUCAUCGACGGUUGUGGCACACGCCAGGCUCUGCUGGUCGCCGAGACGGGCUGGACUGCAGGACUCGUCCAUGUAUGUACCGGCGACCUGGGCAUCAUGAGCAGCCGUAUCCAGCAGCUCAGCGCAUUGACUCAACACUUCUUGACCGCGGAGUUAUUCGCGGGUUUCAAGCUGAACGAUGAUGCAGCCCUCGAUCUCCGAGGGCUGAUAGAUGGAAAGCUGUACGGCUCGUGCUGGAGAGACCCCUUUGCCAUCGUUGAACACUGCAUGUGUGCGACUGCAGGCGGUGCGUAUCCGAUAUGCCGUGGCUCGCUCCACCUUCAUCCCAAGCGCAUGGUGGUGCACUUUGAUCUGAAGGCCGCGGAGUGGAUGAAGGACGCCUGCAGCCGUGCUGCUGCGUUGACGAGCCUGCUGGUGAUGCCUCUGCCACGCCUGCUGGUGAUGAUGAGCCUGGGCAGCGAGGUAGACGACGUGCAGUGCGAAUACGACCGUGCCUUACUGAUCGAGGUACGUGCCACGAGCUACACGGCAUACAACGGCAUGGUCCACCUGUCUGACGCCGUCAACGCCGAGAGCGUGACAACGCACCAUAAUACAUACCACGACGCCAAGGCCCGCCUCCGCCUGAGAUGUGGAGCCCCGCGGUCCGCGGGCGACGCGGCGCGAUCCAUCAGGAAAAGGCUUCCCUGGAGGCUCGGUUGCAAGUUCCACCGUAUCAUCCCCAACUUCAUGGUCCAAGGCGGGGACUUUACCCACGGAGACGGCACUGGAGGCACCGUCGUCCAAGGCCCAACAUUCCCGGACGAGAGCUUGAAGCUCAAGCACACGCUUCCCGGUAUGCUGAGUAUGGCGAACAGCGGCAAGGACACGAACAAUUCGCAGUUCUUCAUCACCACAAAGGCGUGCCCCCACCUCGACGGCAAGCACGUCGUCUUUGGCAGGGUGCUCGAGGGCAUGGACGUGGUGCUGAGGAUGGACAGCUGCGGCGGUGCAGAUGGCAGGCCCCGGAAGGACGUCGUUGUUGACGACUGCGGCGUGUUGAAGGGCGGGAAGCGCGUCGCCAACGAGGACGGCUCCGGCGCUCCGCCUGGCAAGCGAAAGAGGGCCGUCGACAUGCCAGCCGAGGUCCACGUUUUCCACAUCCUGAAGAAGCACAAGGACUCUCAG